CCUUCCCUUUCUUUCUCUUCUUUUUAUCUAUCUAUCAGGUUACCCACCAAAAUCAAAUUCAGUCUACCACUCUCACUCAACCCUACCAGUAUACCACCUCUCUCUGCAACAUUUUGUUCCUUAGAAAAAGAAAAGGAAAUGGCAAUGUUGAAUUUGGCCGUUUCCAGUCUCAGAACAAACGUCUCUCCACCUCUCCUGCCCUUUUCCUCGUUUCCUGAUUCCCUAUUCCCUUCCCCAAAAACCUCUGCAAUGUCCUUUCCCUUGGCUGCAACAAGUAACAAACGGGCUUUCUUCGGCCUCUCCACCGCCUUCAAGACCAAGCAUUUCGAAGGACUGGAGUUGACCCAACAACAAGAAGAAGAAGAAGAGGAAGAACAAGUAAGGACAGAGCCCACAGAGACCCUCUUGUACUCCUUCGCUCCUUUGCCCUGGCUACUUGUGGCCGCUGUUCCCGGAGCUGCAACUGUGAGGUCUUUGUUUGGGCCUUUCGUUGAACUGGUCAAGUUUUUGAAUCUUCCUGAUUGGUUGGUCCACUGGGGUCACCCUGGCAAUAUGGCUGUGGUUCUCUUUGCUAUGGGUGGUUAUGGAACUUACUUGGGCUUCCGAAUUCGGUUCUCCGACGAUGUCGAGGAGAAGGCAAAGGCAAAAGAUUUACACCCAAAGCUACUGGCUGGUAUGUUUUUCUUCUUUGCUCUUGGAGCAACUGGUGGAGUCACAUCUCUACUCACUUCUAAUAGACCUAUCUUUGAGAGUCCACAUGCUAUUACAGGUUCCAUUGGGCUUGCUUUGCUGACCAUUCAGACCAUUUUGCCUGCACUAUUCGGGGGAAAUCCUGGACUACGGAAUGUUCAUGGUAUCUUGGGUAGUGGGAUCAUGACUCUAUUUCUUAUUCAUGCCACACUUGGUUUACAACUUGGCCUCAGCUAUUGAUUCUUUUCCCACACUGAAGCUUUUGAGGAUUCAGUUCAGCUUACCACUGUGGAGUUCAUCUAAAUAGAGAGCCAAAAAGUUGCCAUUUCUAAUGAGAGAGAUUGUUGCAGAGAUUUAAUUGUAGUAAUGCCUGUUUGCCGCUAAUGUUCAAUAUUAUGAACCAUUAUUUUCACAAAUGUGAAUGAAAUAAAGUUCUCUUAUGAGCA